AGGUUUCAUGCAAAGUGAUUUCACAAGGAAAUCGGUGUCAUUGAAUAUGCAUUUCAGAGGUGGGAAACAGUAGGAAAACCUUCACCAUAUAAUUAGUGUUUCAAAUGAGGAGGGUGUGAACAAAACAUUUUACAUGGGGAAAUAAUGCAUAUGCAGUUAAAAUCAAUGUCAAUCGUAUCAGAUGAGACCAUUAGCUUGAUACAGUCGUAGACAGGAUUCUAAUCAGUAUUCACGUGGAUUUUUAAAGAAAUGGUAUGUUGGUUGGAUUUACAGGCUACCCAAGAUUAGGGUUAUAAAAAGCAUGAUUAAUGCUUAGGGUGGUUAUUUAUGGUGGGAAACUUUUUUGUUAAGAAUUAUGCUGCUCUGGAUGGAGUUUGCAGUAAGUGGCUUUGUGAUUGUGUGUUCUUUGGUAUCAGCUUCCAAAUUACGAAAAUUGUUUUGAGGUUAUAUCAUCCUUCAUAUUAUCGGAAAGAAUUUACUGAGGAGCAGAUGUAUGAAAGAAACGGAACAUUAACUCUUGUAAGCAGUGCUACAGCCAUUGCAAAUAACUUGUCUGUCCAAUUUGCCCCGCAGACAAAGACAGCUCAAACAAUUGCUGUUAUUCAUGAGGGUUAUAUAAAUGUCAUUCCUGUUUAUAAUUCAGAAAUAAGAGCUAAAUACAUUCCAUGUGUUGAAAGUGGCACCAAGCCAAGACAUGUUAGCACUUCUGUGACACAGGUGAUGUGGUGUGAUGUGAAAAGACAUCAGCUGUUAGUGGUCGCUUCAUCCUUGGGUGUGCAAAUAUUUGAUGAGGAUGGCCGAGUCUGCAAGUUCUCCCAUCCUUGCGUAGAUAUGCCUGAUGGUGGUGGCAACUUUGCUCGUGGGUUGGCUCUAAUUGGACAUGAUAUGCUAUGUGUUGGAAACAGUAGUGGGACCAUUCGUAUAUUCCACAUUCCAGAAGACUUGGAUCCAGUAGUUAAAAUCGACCACAAGCAGGUUCACAAGAAGGCAGUUACAGACAUUGCUGCUUCUGUGACUGGCGGUAAUCUUGUAGUCACAGCAGAUGAUUCUGGAGAGCUCAGUCUGUGGAGGCUGGAGCGGGAACUGCAUCUUGUUUCUAUGUUUCCCACUUUCAGAUAUCCGUGUACAAGUUUGAAGAUAUGGGAAGGUUUUAUUUUGUGUGCUUUUGGAUCUGGUCACAUCCGUGUAUUUGGCACCAAGACCUUGAGUCUUGUAUGUGAAGUAGCAGCCCACGCUCGCUGGAUCACAGCUGCCGACUUAGCUCCAGAUACCGGGUACUUUCUCUCCGUGUCCGAGGACUCGUUUGUCAAAGUGUGGCAGAUAUCCAAACGGGAUGGCAUGGUAAGUCUCAAGUUCUCAGCACAAGUGCAGGAUAAUUUGUUGGUUGGAGGAAAGUUUCUCUGCUCUGGAGGUGAGAAGUUCUGUGUGUCCACUUAUGAGAGCUGUAAUGUCAUAUGUUAUUGUGCAUGAGCUGCUUUCUUAACAAAGAAAACAUUUAAUUAUUCGUGUUUAUUCCGUCUAAUUACAAUUGUAUAUAAAUAAAAUUAUACAUAAGAUAUUAAAAUAUCAUUUACAUA